AUGAAGAAAGAUUCUACAGGACCGCGGCCACGUUUUUUCACACCUAAUGAAGUUUCAUCACAUAAUACAGCAUCAGACAUUUGGGUUUCAUUUCUUGGUCAUGUCUAUGAUCUAACAAAACUUGUCGAAGAACAUAGUGGUGAUGUUCUUCUCAAACCUAUCAUUGAUGUAGCUGGUUUGGAUAUUUCACAUUGGUUCGAUUCUCGUACGCAUGACGUUCGGCAUUAUAUCGAUCCAGUUACUCAUUGUCUACUUCCGUACACUCCACAUGGUCGUUUUAUCCAUAUAGCACCGCCUUAUCCGUCUAGUGAUUUUGCCAAUGAUUUUGGUAUUCCUUGGUGGAAAGAUGAGAAAUAUAGAAUCGGUGUCCUAUCCAAAAAAGUUCGGUUUAUUCGUAUUCUUAAUGUUCUUACAUUACAAGAUCAAGUGAUUGAAGUCUGUUCAGAAGAAAAUAUGCAUGAAAUACUUGACCGUUAUUUAAAAUACAAUCAACAUGCAGCAAGUUAUACAUGGAAAUAUAAUGGAGAAGUUUUAGAUAUGGAAAAAACAUUGGAAGAAAAUGAAAUUAAAGAUGAUGAUACUGAUUUUGAUAGACUGAAAAUGCGUGAUGAUAGUUAUUUACAAUCGGUUAUGUUGUAUUAUAAUGACGAUUUGACAGAAGCUUGA